AUGCUGUUCCUGCUUUCAUUGCAGGCAAAGUUCCUGACUCAGGAUCAGAUUAACGAGUUUAAGGAGUGUUUCUCGCUGUACGACCGCCAGCGGAAAGGCAAGAUCGAAGCCAAGGAGCUGAUAACAGUGAUGCGAUGCCUGGGGUCGAGCCCCACCCCCUCCGAGGUCCAGCGCCACCUCCUGAGCCACAACAUGGCCCGGGAAGGAGAGCUGGACUUCUCCACCUUCCUGAGCAUCAUGCACCGGCAGCUCCAGCAGGAGGCGCCAGAGCAGGAGAUUUUGGAGGCCAUGAGGAUGGCCGACAAGGAGCAGAAAGGCUUCAUCCUGGCCUCUGAGCUGCGAGCCAAACUCACCGGGCUGGGAGAGAAACUGACGGACAAAGAGGUGGACGAGCUGCUGCAGGAGGCGGGUGUUGGAGCAGAUGGGCGGGUCCACUGCGAGCAGUUCGCUAAAGUGGCGACGCGCUGCCACACAAAGCACUGA